CGGUGCAGCUCCCGCGCCCGCCGCCGCCGCCCGGGUUCCAGGCCGAGGAUCGUCGGCCGCGCAGAGUGCCGCGGAGCGGGAGGCGAGCCGCGAGCCGGCGGGGCGGGCCGACUCCCAGACUAACUUAACAUGGCCGACCAGAGGCAGCGGUCCCUCUCCACAUCCGGGGAAUCACUCUACCAUGUGCUCGGACUGGACAAGAAUGCCACCUCUGAUGACAUCAAGAAGUCCUACCGGAAGCUGGCCCUGAAGUAUCACCCUGACAAGAACCCCGACAACCCUGAGGCGGCAGACAAGUUCAAGGAGAUUAACAACGCCCACGCCAUCCUGACGGAUGCCACCAAGAGGAACAUCUACGACAAGUACGGCUCGCUGGGGCUCUACGUGGCCGAGCAGUUUGGGGAGGAAAAUGUUAACACCUACUUCGUGCUGUCCAGCUGGUGGGCCAAGGCCCUGUUUGUCGUCUGCGGUCUGCUCACCUGCUGCUACUGCUGCUGCUGCCUCUGCUGCUGCUUCAACUGCUGCUGUGGCAAGUGCAAGCCCAAAGCCCCUGAGGGUGAGGAGGCUGAGUUCUACGUGUCACCCGAGGACCUGGAGGCGCAGCUGCAGUCGGAUGAACGGGAGGCCACGGACACACCCAUCAUCAUACAGCCGGUGUCCGCCACAGAGACCACCCAGCUCACAGCCGACUCCCACCCCAGCUACCACACCGACGGGUUCAACUAAGCGCAGGAGGGCCAGCGCCCACCCACCUCGACCCUAGAAUCAUGAACUGUAGUCGCGGGUGAGGCACCGGCCCCCCCAUCUGCGUGAAGUGCUAGCAUGCAGUCCGUGAAGCUGUGUCGCCGGUCUCCUGUCCUUCCUCAGUUAGUAGCAUGUGUGCAUUCGUCCAUGGUCCUCCAGCCGGUCAGCCCAGUGAGGCUGACCCAGCCACCAGGUGCCGCCCCACCCCCCUGCUGAGCUGGGGUCCCCUCCCCUCUGUGCUGGGCCAGGAUCCCCCCCCCACGCCUCUCCCCUCUGUGCUGGGCUGGGAUUCCCCACCCCCACACCUCUCCCUUCUGUUCUGAGUCUUGGUCUUCCCUGCACCCCUCCUCUCUGUGCUGGGCUCUUGCCUUGGGUGUAGCCUGGUUGGGGUCUCCGGCCUUGGGCAGGGACCGUGGGUGGGUCCUGUUCAGAGUGGGCAGUGGAGUUUCCCUGCCGGCAGAGGUCUGCUGUGUCCCCACACCUUUCCUGGGUGCCCCUGUGGGCACCGUCCUCCACAUUCCUUCAGGCCAGCCUGUCCUCCAUGUGUCCCUUCUGGACCUGUGAGAGUUGUCAGAGGCCACUCCAGCCCCCGAGUCAUGGUCAGAGCCCGGAGGUCCCUUGCUGGCACUGUGUGAGCACUCCGCAGUAGUGAUGGACCACCCCAGAGCUCUUGGCCCCACCCAUUGCCCAUGGUUCAGACAGAGCCAAAGACACCAGGUUCCCCAAGGAAGGACCAGGCAGGCCCCAGGAGGCCAGCAGCUAGACUGGACAUCCCUCUGUGUCACACAUGUGUGGGUGGCACCUGGGUACCGGGUGCCAUGGCUGUACAGAGUAGGUUCAGGUGGGCCAGGAGUCAGAAUGGGGCUUGCCUUGGCAGGGAUGCUCACUGGGGACCCCAGGUCCAGCCUCACUGCCUCAAUGAGGCCCCAGCCAACCCAGGUCCCCAGAAGGCUAUGUCUGCCUAUCUCGCUUUGUGAAUGACCAUGAAGAUGGCAACACCUGGUUCCUGGUGGAGACAUGGCACUGAGCCAACGAAAUUGCGUGCCAGGUGAUCGAUGCCGGCAGCAGUGAGGAAAGGGAAGUGAGCUCUUCAAAUCAGAGAACAGAGAGGCAGGCGGAGGAGCGGCCAGAGUGGGCUUCUAUGGCCCCAGGAACCAGGGCUGGAGCCAGAAGCAGAAGUGGCCAGCUGCCCAUUCAGGGGCACUCUCCUGACUCUUGGUCAGCACUCAGCAGCAGGGCGGGCAGUGGCUCGGGUUGGCUGAGUUGUUUCCUAGGCGGAGCCUGUGAACUAAAUAAAUCAUGUAGAAUUUGUGAAACCAAA